UUGGAGUUUGUCAAUAAAGUUUGAUGAAAUUUACAUCUGCGACGAAGUUCCUGUAAAAUGGCGCCCUUGGUCUAUGUUGACAAACGUUGAGAAACAAGAUUAUUUUUUCUGUUUUUAACAUCGAAUUUAAAAAGUAGGAUGGCAGCUUCGUGGACUGAGCGGCAGGGUCAUCUGGUCGAUCUGCACAAUAAAAGCAAAGAGGAACUCCGUGAUAUUUUCAAUCGCCAAAAGAAACUGCUGUCAAACAAGAGAUUUGUUCAGACUCUUCCUGAUAAAGGGAAGAAGAUUUCAGACUUUGUUGAAAAAGUUCGAUCAGCCCUUGCUCACAUUGAAGAUGUGGAGAGGACAAAAGAUAUGCUGUCUACAGUGAAAAUGGAGUUUGAAUCUAGAUUUCAGACGAGGAGUACCAUAAUGGAGAAAGAACAUGGACAAAAUACUAUAGACAUCAGUACCUCACAAACACAGCUUUUAAAAACGUUUAUUAAUAGCAGUAAAACCGAAAGCAAAUACACAAAACAAAAUGGAGAUACAUUAGCAACAGCAGAAACUAUAUCGGAAUAUAUCGAUGUUCACAUGCCCCAAAACAAUUGUGAUACACCAGCAGAUAGCCUAGCUCGGGUAAAUAUGGAGACUGCAACGACUACUCUUCUAGGUCAACCAGUUUAUGGUGUGAAAAUAAACUCUGCCCUCAAAAACGAUGAGGAACUUGCACAAGUAUUUGAAAAGGUCACGCUGGCAGAUGAAACUGAAGUCAUGGCUGGCCUUGAUGACACACGGCAGGAAACGGUUUCCAUUGGUGACAAUAGACAGAAUAACAAUCCAUUUGGAAUCAAUCAGCCACAGAAAAAGCCUCAUUAUAUUGAAGUGUUUGAGAAGGCAGAGAAGAAUCCAGCUGUUAGGAAAUCUAAAUUUAAACCUAAUCAGUUACCCUCUGGAUCUCGUGGGUCUUCUUCAGCUGGCUCCUCAUCACCCAGCCACUCUCCAAGAAGACCCGAGUCCCAGCUUUCUCCAGCAGAGAGACUCCUCCGAGACAAGAAACACCUUGAUGAUAUCACAGCAGCCAAACUACCUCCACUUCACCACCUGCCAGCCCAACUACUGUCCAUGGAGGAGUCUGCAGCACUGCAGCAGGGACAGAAAAAGAAAUACGAGGAGGUGCAAGCCACAGUUGCUGCACAGAAACUUGCUGAAAAGCUGAAUGUCCGAAUGGUGGCCUUCAACCCUGAAGGGGAAGCAAUGGUGAAAUACAGAGAGGUUCAUGAUGAUGGAGACAUUCACUCUUCAGAGGAUGAUUAGCGCAGAGGAAUGCACAUGCUUUGUUUUUGGCUAACUGGAAUUUGAGAUACUCUCAGGCACUUAUGGAAAUGAACUUCAAACAUUAUUUAAAAUACAUAUUUCAUUUUGUGAAGUAUUCUGUUUUCAGCAAUAAAAACAUUACCUGUGUUUAUUUGCUUAGUAUAAAACAAGGAAUGAGGUCAAACUACAAUUGGGCAGUUUAUUACUACAAAAACAUUCGAGUUUAAUGCUGCAACUCAGAAAAGUCAACAUAUGUUUUAACCUUACAUUAUUUAAUAUGAUUGAAAAUAUUAUAUAAAUAAGUGACAGAAACUUUUGUAUUGCCUUUAUGCAAGAAUAUUUAAAUAAAAGAACGUUCAUCAUGUC